AUAAUCUCAAACCAGCCAAUCAUAUGAUACAUACAUUUUCAUUGGCUGAUGAUGCGCCCACAUUAAAUAAUGACAAAACAUAUAAAUAUACCUGCAAGAUUAGUGUUAGAACAUAUCCACUUAAAGAUCUGCAUCGAUACCUUUUAAGAAGAUGGCUACUCCAAUUGUCUAUGGACAGGUAGAUUUGCAUAAUGCUAACGGAAAACCUAAACUUGUCAGCCAAUUAUCGCAGAGAUUGAAAGUAACAACCAACCGCUUUGAGGGAAACAAUGGACUCUAUGUUCACAUUAACUCUAGGGAAAAAUCGAUAAGCAUCUCAUGGGAAGAAUACGAAGACAUUUGCAGCCUCAAGACCGACCUGCAAGGAGAGCUUCAUUUGCUGCCUCAGAUUCAGGGUCAAAUCAACUACCAGACACAAAGCCAACCUCAACAACAAGUUCCGUUUCAACAAGCCAUGCCAGCUCAAACCCUCCAGCAGGUUCCGCUUCAACAAGACGUGUCAAGUCAACCUCGCCAAGCUCAACAACAGGCAUAUAUUCAAAUUUCUCAACCUUCAAACAUUUGGGAAGAUUUUGCAUGAGUGAAGAUUCCAUAUCGUGUAUUCUUCCGAUUGAACAAUGAACUUGUGGAUAUACCCGAAGGACAAUGUAUAAAAUAUAUUAUUGAUUUUAAAGUAAGUUUCAUACUUGUUCCUCAUCGAAUGUGUUUUGGAUAUGAACUGUGAAAGGCAAUUUGUACUAGAUUGAGGAAUUUAUACCCAGAGCUUUCUAUACGUACAAUUCUUUACCUAAGAAAUUAUGAAAUUUUAGAGAGACAUUAUUUAGAAGAUCACAAAAUUCAUUUCAUUAUUUUUGUAU